GUGUGAAUGAGUGUGUGUGUGUGUGUGUGUGUGUUUGGUCUGAUGCUCGGAGCUAACAAGCUUCCAAAUUGAAUCAGAUCUAAUCAGUUUCCUAUAUACAUUCCCUUGAUAACCCGUCCUUUCUUCUUUAUCCAACCCGAUUCUCUCUGAUCAAGUAAUCAAUGCAGAGGGUGUUGAAAGGAGCGUUUCACGAGCACAACGUGAUCACAUCUGUCCCCAGUCCUCGUGAUGUUGUGAUGGCGGUGGGCAGAUAUCUGUGUCCGACCAUGGAACCACUGUCGACCAAAUCAAAACAAGAGUUUAUCAUUUGCUAUUUUUGUGCUCCAAUUAGGAUACAUUGACUAUUAGAGUACGGCGUGACUCAUGACAGAGAGCAGCUUCUGUGCGUAAUUACGCACCACCACGCGUUGCGCACGGUCCAUUCCGUCUCCAAAACAGUUACCUUCCCUUGUACGAAUGGAAAUGGCAUUGUGGCAUCGUUUUGAUCGGAAUUUACAGUUUAAUAUGAAAAAAAAUUGUUUUUCUGGACUAUAAAGGCCGAGCUAUAUGAAGUCAUUCUUUGUGAGCCAUCGUUUUUUGAAACUGAAAUGAAGGUGAGAAGUGGUCUCUAGCGGUCACGUGACGAUUAAAAGGACGUUCACCACAAAUCACGUGUCUACGUCAGCAGACUUUCCAUUGUCAUGUUGAUUGAAUGCUUCCCAUCCCAGGAUAUUUAUAUUGAAUUACAUCCACUCACAAAAAAGGCAUUGUGGAUUUCACCACUGAAAUCUGACCACCUGCGCGAGCCUUCCCCCUCUUCAAUCUGAAAGCAAAGGUUUAACCACCAUACCUCAACCACGGGGACCACGAGGACAUAAGGAUUAAGGAUUUUGGACAGGUCGCCCGUCUACACUUUGUGAAAAAGACCUUUUUUUAUCAUCUCAUCUAGAUUUUAGUAUCUGAUAGACACCGUGUGUGGAUUUCAGCAGAUUCUUGGAAAUCACUGGCAUCUGCUUUUGGAUUUGGACACCGCUACUUUUUUUUGCUUCCCUUCUGUUAUUGUGGAUAUUUAACGCACUGAAUGGUUGGCACAGUGCGCCCAGUGGAUUCUCGGAAACUCGUGGAGGAGGUUUCAGGAGGACCGCGCCGCUCUGGGAUCAACACACACUGAAACGCAAUCUCUCAUUUUCAGUGACUCCGAGAAAAAAAAGAAAAAAAGAGAGCCACCACAUAUUUCAGUUUCAGGGUUUCAAGGUGACAAUGGCAUCUAUCAAGUCCAGGCCGGACACUGAAACUACGCAUGGUCACUGAGCCGAACCUUGAAGAUUGAAUGAACAUGUUUGGCACGGCACCUGUGCGUCCUGAUCCCCACCGUGUCUCAACAGGUUACUCACCUUAAAUACGCUUCCAGUGCGCGUCUUUGGCUUCUCCUGCUCUCCCCCUCUCUCUCUCCCUCUUUCCCUCGCUCUGCUCUGCUCUGCUCUGCUCUGCCCUGCGGUUCCUCCACGUUUCCCACCAUGGUGGAACACAGUGGCCUGGACAUAAUGUGUCUGAACAAGUACUGCCACAGUUCCUCCUCCUCCUCCUCCAGCUCCGAGCACGACAAGAAGACCUUCGCCCAAAUCAAGCUCAAUCUGUCGGGGGACUAUCCCAAGAAGAACGCGGAGAUCCUGAGCGGACAGUACGGCACCAACCUGCUGCUGAUCGGGGCUGCGCUGAUGUUGGCCAUCGCGCACCACGACCCCUUCGUCAAGGAGGAGCACCUGCUGUCGCUGGUCACCUGCCUCAUGAUCCUGCAGCUGCUGUGGAUGAUGUGGUACAUCCUGGCGCGGGACAGACAGAAGAACACGCGCACCGAGAAGGAUGUCCACGCCACCACGUGCUGGAUCAGAGGUGGUCUGACUCUCCUUGCACUCCUCUCACUGAUCAUGGACGCGUUCAAAAUCGGGCAUUAUGUUGGCUAUCACUCUUGUGUGUCGGCCGUGCUCGGGGUAUAUCCUGUCAUCCAUGCCACCCACACCAUAGCACAGGUGCAUUUUCUUUGGUUUCACAUCAAGGACGUCAUCAAGAGCUACGAAACGUUCGAGAGAUUCGGCGUCAUCCACGCCGUCUUCACAAACCUCCUCCUGUGGUGCAGCGGUGUGAUGUCAGAGGCCGAGCACUUCCUGAACAACCACAUGAGGAGACUCUCCGCCCUGGGCUACGGAAACCUCACCACAGGUCACUCCGAGCCUCUGUGUAACUGCACCACCAGCACUUGCUCCAUGUUCACCAGCAGCCUCUACUAUCUCUAUCCCUUCAACAUCGAGUACCACAUCUUUGUCUCAGCCAUGCUCUUCGUCAUGUGGAAAAACAUCGGACGGACCAUGGACCUGUCUUCGAAUCGGAAAAGGCUUGCUACCAAAACCCAGGGCCUGUCUGUGGGUCCCAUCCUGGGCCUGCUGGCUCUGGCCAGCACCAUCGGGAUCCUGGUGGUGUACAUCACCCACGUGGAGUCCCUUCAGACGCGCCAGUCUGCCAUCUCCAUGUUCUACAUUUAUGGCAUCGUCCUGCUGCUGUUCAUGUGCUGUGCCAGUGCUUCAGGUUUGCUCAUAUACCGCGUUGACCACAUACCGCUGGACACCUCCAAGAACCCGUCACGACAGCUGGACACGGAGCUUCUCUUUGGUUCCUCUAUUGGCUCCUGGCUCAUGUCGUGGUGCAGCAUCGUGGCUGUGUUAAGUACCAACAGCAGUCCUCCGUACCUCUGGACCAACUGCAUCUACUCUCUGCUCCUUGUUGUGGAGAAGUGCAUGCAGAACCUCUUUGUCAUCGAGUCCCUUUACCGCCAGCCGGGGGAUGUGGAGAGCGACGACCCAGAACUACAAUCUGCUCCGGAGAUCUUCUCCGUGACUUCCUCUUUAGCCCCACCGUAUAACGGCAUCAUCAACCGAGCGUACGAGACUCCGGAUAAAGCGUGUGUCACCAUGGAGAACGAGCAGGAGGAGAGCGGUCCGGUGUACAGGUGUCCGAGGAAACCGUCGGAGGUGCCGCUGCCUGUGGGAAACAAAGUGGUGGAGCCUCCGAAUAUAAAGAGGCAAAUCCUGAAGAACCUUUCUGUCUUCCUGAUUAUGUGUAAUAUUUCGCUGUGGAUCCUUCCCGCCUUCGGCUGCCGGCCACAGUACGACAACGGGUUGGAACAGGAGACUUUCGGCUUCAGCAUAUGGAUUACCGUUCUCAACUUUGCCAUCCCCUUGAACCUUUUCUACCGCAUGCACUCCGUUGCCUCGCUCUUUGAAGUGUUCCGCCGCGUCUGACAGGCGAGCCGGCGGCGACGAUGAGGGACGAUGACAUGCGCGCAGGAACACUUGUCGCCAGCAGCUCCAGAGCGUGUCUCUAAGCACAGGUCAACCCUUCAGGAGGGAGUCAGGGUCGCACUCCCUACAGACUUGAAUGUGGAGGGUGAGACAAACCAAGCCUAGAUCAGGACAGAGGACAAGACAAACCUGUUCACCAGCGUUCCUUGAAGAAUGACCUUGUGUGACACAAGGCUUAUUAAGACUCUUAGUACUCUUUGUUUUAUAGGCAUAUUCCAGUUAAGAUGUUAUAACUGGUGAUGUUGUAUCUGACACGCACACUUUGUACUGUUUCGUAUUAGUACGUGAAAUUAUAGAAUAGACUAAUUGCUUGAUUUUCAUAUUGUAAAAUACAAGUUAAGACACCGCAGCAGCCAUUACGGUGCGUUCACGCCGAACUCUAUGCGAUUUUUCACGCUGUUUAACUUACUAUUUAACGUGACUGAAUAGUAUCCAGAGAAUUCUUGCCUUGGGGUAAAGCUCGAGCUAAUCAACAGGCAAUCAACGAGAGUGUGGCCAAAACUUUGACUCUUGCUUUGUGGCCCGCCCUCAUCCUUCUUCACCCUCUCCGUCCAUUUGUGAAAUGACAUCAGGAGAUUGGAACAGACUCUCAACGCUCGCUUUCGUGAUGUGGCUAAAUCAUUAUUAAUGAUCAUUUAGUUGAAAUAUUUCAACUUUAACGCGACCAAAGCGAGCGAUCACGCAGGAUUUGUGUGAUUCACCCACGUCAUCAUCCACUGAAAUCCACCAAAACGUGCACAUUUGCAUCAAGCCUUUACUUUAUGGUAGCAAUCAUUCCAGUGAACGCACAUUUAUUCUCCUAUCUAUCAUUAUCUAAUAAUGAAAUAGUACUGUAACUCACAGAGCCACGGGAACACUGAUGUGCCACUUUUCAUCUGCACUCUGUUGUGCAUACUCUCUAUGGAUAAGGUUCUCAUUUCAUGAUGUUGUGUUUGUCAUGCAGAGGAUUUCAUGGUGUGUUCAGACCAAGGCAAGUCUUAAUAAACAGACACACAAACUGUACAUGCGGUGAAGUUGUUUCAACAUUGGCCACAAAUGUGCGCCUAUCUUCUGUUCUGGAAAUACAUUUAAGGUCAUUAUUCGCCUUCCCCAAAUACUGUGAUUCACAAAUGAUUGAGAUAAUUGUGAAAAUAUGCUUUAAUAUAAAUUCUUUUAUAUUUUUUUUUCUGGAGCUUUCUCUCUCUCUCUCUCUCUCUCUCUAUGCUUUACUUUCAUCAGUCCACGUCUGUGCACAUGCAGAUGACGUAAUAUCUUAGUAUCACUUGCAUUUUGUGCAAGCGUCGCUGCUGUUGCUAACAGGCAUGAGCGGAUAACAACAUUUAUCCAUUUAUCACAAUUAUCCUGAACAAAAUAUUGACCAUUUGCUGUUUCACUGCAAUAAUUUAAACUGAGACUCCAAAACACACUGAAAUCACGCAUUGGAAACAUUUUUAGUGAAGUCUUUAGAGUUCAAAAAAUAAUAAUAAUAAAGCUCCAGUGUGGAACCUCUAUUCAACUGUGUCUCUAAGACCCUGUUGUGUUCUCUCUCCUGAGCUUCACAACUCUCACAUAUGAACACACGCAUCGCGAGAGUGAGAGAAACAAGAGAAGAAGCGGUGGUGUCUUCUGAUGUUGUUUCUACAGUAGUUUGCUAAGCUAUCUGUUGUAUAUCAGUCUUUUAAUGUAGUGAUACCCAUCCAGAUUGCAUCCAGGAACCUUAAGUGGAGCUGCAUAGUGAAGGAAACAGCAGCAGCUGUUAUUGAACACACAGACACCUAGUCAGGCAGCUGGUCAGGCCAGGGAACAUGCAUUUUCAAUAACGCAUGACGAUGUACCAGAGAGCAUCAAAUUGCAGCAGCAGCAUCCACUUCUCAUGUAGCACUUCUUGGUGUUUUCAGUC